AUCAAUUAUUUUUUUUUAAUCAAUUGUUUUAUAUUUUUUUUUUUAAAACGAAACAUGAAAUUUCAUUAGUAAAAAUAAUCACCAUAUUUAUUUUUUUAUUUAUUAUAUAAAUUUGGCUUUAAAAAAUUUCGAGUUAAUUUUUUUUUUUUUUUAUAUAAAAUAUUAGUUUAAAUAAAUAAAAAAACUAGUAGAUUAUUAUGUCGGGUUUAAAGGAUUUUUCUUGUAUUGGGGGAUUGGAAAAUCAUAUUAAAAUUGUCAAAGAAAUGGUGCUUUUUCCAUUAAUGUAUGGUGAAGUUUAUGCGAAAUUUAAUUUGCGACCACCUAGAGGACUUUUAUUUUACGGUCCACCUGGAACUGGAAAAACUCUCGUUGCAAGUGCACUUGCUGUUGAAUGCAGUAAUUCAGAAAGAAAAGUAUCAUUUAUAUCAAGAAAAGGAUCAGAUUGUUUGAGUAAAUACGUUGGUGAAAGUGAAAAAAAAUUACAAAGAAUAUUUCAAACAGCACAACAAACAAAACCUUGUAUAAUAUUUUUUGAUGAAGUUGAUGGAUUAGCACCAGUACGUACAAGUCGUCAAGAUUUUGUUCAUGCUAGUAUUGUAUCAACAUUACUUGCACUGAUGGAUGGUCUUGAUAAUAAUUCAGAAAUUAUUGUCAUUGGUGCGACAAAUAGACUUGAUGCUAUUGAUCCAGCUCUACGUAGACCAGGUCGUUUUGAUCGUGAACUUUAUUUUCCACUGCCUUGUUAUGCUGCUAGAAAAGAUAUUCUUUCUGUUCAUGUGAGAAGUUGGAAACAAAAACCACCUCAAAAAUUUUUAGCAUAUUUAGCAGCAAAAACAGUUGGAUAUGGUGGUAGUGAUUUGCAAGCACUUUGUGCUGAAUCUGUAAUGUGUUGUGUUAGAAGACAUUAUCCUCAAAUAUAUACGUCGAAAAAUAAAUAUCAUAUCAAUGAAAGAGCAUUAAAGAUUGAAAAACAAGAUUUUAUAAAAGCACAAGAAAAUAUUGUUCCAGCAUCUCACAGAGUAACAAUCAUUCCAGUCAAAAGUUUAUCAACAAAAGUUUAUCCAUUAUUACAAGAUCGUUUGUUCUCAAUUUUGACGAGAUUACAGGGUAUUUGUCCAGAAGGAAUGCUCAAUACUGAAAACUCGAUCAAUGAAUUGUCAUCAAGAUCGUCAAACUGUCCUCGUAUUUUAUUGUACGGUGAUGAUGAUUGUCAUACCCGUCAUUUAGCUCCAGCAUUACUUCACAAUUUGGAACAUCUUCCUUGUCAUGUGUUGGACGUGACGACUCUUUUUGAAGAGACAGGAAGGGCUGCAGAGGAAACAAUUAUCCAGAAAGUUAAAACGGCGAGACAUACAUUACCAUCGUUACUUUACGUACCUGAUAUACUUGCAUGGUGGGAUUUAGUUGGGGUUGCAGCACGUGCUGUAUUUACAUCACUCAUGAAGGGUCUUGAUCGAUCUGUUCAUAUGCUUCUUUUGACCACAAUCAAAUGCGACAUUGAUAAUAUACCUCAAGAACUCAUUGAAUUGUUUGAUGAACAUCAGGGUGAAAUUUAUGAAGUAUCAUCACCAAAUGCAACUGAAAGAUUGUCAUAUUUUCAACAGCUAUUUUGUAAAAAUAGCCAUUUGAAUAAUAAACCAGAUAAUAUAUCAAACAGAUCAUCUUAUGUUGAUUUUAUUCAAGUAAUGGCACCGAGAAAAAAUAAAAAUGAACAACAAAAACAGCAUAAAGAAGUUGAAAAAGUUGAUGCACCAGUUACAAGAAGAACAAGGCUGAGAACAAAAUUGAGUGUUGUUAAUUCAUCAGUGUCAACGACUGAUACAAGAAUUAAUGGAAAACGCGAACACAGUGAAUCAGGUGAGGGUGUGACAUCAAAGAGACAACGUGUCACUGGCAAUUUUAGUGGUAAUUUAAAUUCAUUGGAAAAUAUAAAUGAAUCACAAAUACAAAAUAUACUUGAUAGAGUUGUUAAUUAUACUGAAGAUUGGCCAAGUCAACAAUUAGAAGCACUAUAUGCUAGUCUUGAAUUAACAAUUGAAAAAAAAUAUGAUGAUAAAUUUACAUCAAUUAUUGAUUGCAUUGAAAAUUUUCAUAAAUAUAAAGAUUUACAUGAUAAUUCAGUAUUUAAAAAUAAUAAUGAAUAGUUUUUAUAUUGUGUCAACAUUUUCAAUCAAUUUAUUAAGCUUUUUUUUUCGAAGGAAAAAUAAAAAUUUAAUAAACUCAAAUGGGUCAAUAAAAAAAAAAAAAAAAAAG